AUGAUAGAAAAGAGAAAUAAUUUUAAUGUAGUGAUCCCAUUAUACAACAUGAUCAACGGCCAGAUCGCGUACUCCAUAUGCAUGCUUAUCACUGGCCUGACAGCCAGUCUCUACACAUAUUACCCAAACAUUGGUCUCCUGUACUUUAACUUUGGGCUAAAUAUGCUAUUCUGCGGGACUAUAGACUCCGUGACCAGCGUAUGGAUAGUGGAGAUGUGGCAACACAACUGCGGCCCCUAUACACAAGGUCUGCAGUUCGUGUUGGCGGUCGGUUCCCUAAUCACACCCCUUAUCGCCAACCCUUUCCUCUCGGAGACCACUUAUCAAUCGGUUGAAGUGAAUAUCACCGCAAACGGCACCACAACUCUUGUGGAUCAGAUCAUACCCUUUACGAGUCCCACGAGAAUACAGAUCCCGCUGUUAUUCGUUGGCGGAAUUAUCAUGGCCUGCGCUCUCAUCAUCGGUGGCCUCAACUUCUACCACAAAUACACGCCUCGAGUGGUGGAGAAGUCGAAGAAUAGCCCUCAAGGAAUACACCAUAAAAAGGCGUCGUUGUGUACUCGAGUGACCGACCGGUUGGCCGCGGAACUGAUGCCCACGAAAACUAUCCUAUCGUUGAUUGUAUUGUCGGCAUUCAUGAUAGGCUUCGUUACAGCGAUUCAGUGGAAUUAUGUGGCCUUUUGGACCGAAUUCGGUAACCUCUGCGGACUUCAGCUCAAUAAUCAGUUGGCCAACGAUAUGUUGUCUGUGAUGCUGGGCUCGUACGCCCUGAGUCGGGCCCUAUCCAUACCCAUGUCCUACUUCUUGGGCCCAUACGUCAACAUUUACUACAUCUCGCAAAUACUGUUUAUUAUCUACUCAAACACGUCGGUGGCUGUGGUUUGGGCGGCCAACGUGUUGAUGGGCCUGGGAUUGGGCCCGAUCUUUGCCGCGGUGUUCCAGAUGGUCGAGUCGAUUACCCCGAUGACCAAUAUAAUCGGGGUGUUUGUUAUUUGUUAUGCACUUGUGGCAAUACAAACCACAGUGUUAUCGGAUUCCCUCAACAUUACGAUUACAAAUAUGACAAACGGAGAACUGGAAGGAAUGGCCCAAUGUUUGGAGAUUCGCCGACAAUCGGUCAGACAAUGUAUGACUGAUUGGGCGCACAAUUGGCCCCAAAAGAGAGCUGAGGGCAGACCUAUGGUGCGAAUGUGUUGUCAAAAUUGGGCUUAUUUUGAUUGCUUCAAAAACGGGGCUCAGAGUGAAUGUAAUAUAACGUGGGAAUGGCAUAAGUUGUUGGACAUAUACCGGGAUAGCGGCACUGUCCGCAUGUGCACUAUCAUAGAUUAUGGAUCCAAUAGUAUAUAA